AUGGUAGUACCACGACGAUCGGAGUUUGUUUUGUUUGGGUCGUCCAUUGUUCAGUACAGUUUACGCCAUGAAGGCCAACUGUACGCUCGUAAGGCAGAUAUCCAUCUACGAGGAUAUGCAGGUUGGAAUUCAAGGAAUGCCUUGGCCGUUCUUGAUGAAGUUUUACCCAAGAGCCUUUCUGAGAAGACUCGCCUCAUCUUUCUUGGUGUUCCUCCUGUGGAUAAGAAAUUGAUGCAAAAACCAGUGAAGGGAGCGGUCGCACAAUGGAGGGCUGCCGAAUAUAUUCAGAAGCUUGUAUCAAGGGGUCCCGAGGGGUGCCGGGAGUUGGAGGUGCCAGCCAUCGACCUUUUCAAUGCAAUACAGCGAAAAGAGGAUUGGUUGACUACUUGCCCAGUGUAA